AUGUCGCGUGCUGCCAAAAUUACGCUCUUCACUUCGGUCGUGUUUGCAGGAUUGGCGGUAUGGGGAGUGCAUGCUCAGCAGCGGAAAGAACAAGAAGCAAGUGGUCUUCACAAUGUCAUGGGUGUCAUAAGGGAUGAAGCUAGGCAAGCAGCCAAGAAGAAGCAGCGGGAACAGGAGUUGCUUGAGUCGAUGAAGAAGCGAGAAAUCUAUGAGCGCGUGCAGACGGUCGGACCAGGCUCCAACACCCCAAUAUCUUAA